AUGUGUCUUUAUCCUAAACCUGGAGCAGCUUCAGCGUGUGGUCAAGUUAAAUCAAUUGAGCUAAGUGCAGAAGAAAAAAAAGAAAUCAUACAGGUUCAUAAUGAUUUUCGUGCAAAAGUUGCAAGUGGAAAAGAAACUCGUGGAGCUGGUGGUGGACAACCUGCCGGAGAUAUUCCACCACUUACUUGGGAUGAUUCUCUCGCAGAAGUAGCACAACGUUGGGCCAGCCAGUGUAAAAUCAAUCAUGAUAAAUGCAGAAAUACUGAGGCAGCAGGAGUAGGCCAAAACUUUGCCGCUCUUAAGUUUCCCAGUGGAUACGGUUCAACCAUGACUGAUCUCAUGAACAUGUUGUAUGAUGAAGUCGAUGAAUUUGAUCCAAAAAAUAUUAACAACUAUAAAAUGGACUUUAAUACUGGUCACUACACCCAACUGGUGUGGGGAGCAACGACUCAUGUUGGCUGUGGCAUUGCUAAAUAUUUCGAUGGACAAUGGUAUACCACUUAUUUAUCACAGUUAAUUGUUGGAAUAUUAAUUAAGCUUGAUUUAAAAAAUAAAAUCAAGAUGAUUAAAUUUUUAAGUAUGUUAAUAGUUACUGAAAUUAUAAUUGUUCAUGUUUCAGCAACAGAUUGGUGUAAUUUACAAUCAUGUGAUAAAAAUUCUAGUACCAUGUGUCUUUACUCUAGUGACCAGCCUGGAUCAGCUUGUAAACAAAUGGAUUCAAAUGAGUUGAGUGACGAUGAACAACAAGAAAUAAUACAAAAUCAUAAUGAUUUUCGUGCUAAAGUUGCAAGUGGAGAUGAAACACGUGGUGUUGGUGGUGGACAACCUGCUGGAAUUAUUCCACCUAUUUACUGGGAUGAUGAUUUAGCUAAGGUGGCCCAAAGAUGGGCAAAUCAAUGUACUUUUGGACAUGAUAAAUGUAGAGAUACAGAUACAUUUCAAGCUGGACAAAAUCUUGUUCGAGUAUCUAAUUCAAAUGGAUACAAAUCAUCUAUGACUGAUCUCGUGACAAUGUGGUACAAUGAAGUGGUACAUUUUAAUCCUCAAGAUGUCACACAUUUUGUAUUUUCAAAAACAACUGGUCAUUAUUCGCAACUCGUUUGGGGAACAACAACAAAUAUUGGAUGUGGUGUUGCUAAAUAUUUUGAUGGCAAAUGGUACAACACUUAUUUAGUUUGCAAUUAUGGACCACCUGGUAACUGGGUCGGUGAACAAGUCUACCAAAUUAUCUAGAAAAAAUAUAUCAUCAAUCGCAUUAUGUUAAUUUUGUAA